UGCUGCAGGAGUGAUUGCGGCGGAAUGAUAUUAAUAACACGGUCCUGUGCUGGAGAAUACGUAGCUGGAGUGGUUGUCAUAGACUUGAGAUUGUACUCGCCUACACUACCUGAACUGAUACAUUUAAUUAAAGUACAUUAUGAGCUGCUCGGUAUCGUUGCUAAUGUUAGCUAAUGCUUCCGUACUUUUGUGAGGAGGGUGUAGAACUUGUCAGGCAGUUAUGUAAGAUGUGGUUAUAGGCUAUUUUAGGGAUUUAUGUACCGAUACAGUGAUGAUAUUAUAUGGUAUUUACACAAUGUGUUAAAUCGGUCUCGUUUUCGCUAAUGUUUAUUUGGUCUAAUUAGUUUUCAGGCUGUACUAGCUGUCAAACAACCAAAAGGUCUCUUAAAAAGAGAAGACCAGUGGAAUCCGUCUCGGUUGUCAGCCAAAACGACCAAAAGUGGUUUAACUGUUUUUUGUUGUUGUGAAUUCACGGUACCAUGGUACUUUUAUGUUAGUUAAUAGGCAUAUGUUUGGCGUGUUCAGUCUGUAACUUCAACCAGUUUAGGCAACAGCCCAGCUGUCGUUGUUAAAUGCUGCUGUUAAAUUUUAUAUAACAUGAUUUUCACAGCUUGGCGUGAAAGUAAAAAAGUUUACAAAACAUUUAAAAUGGGCUCAAAAGUUACAAAAUAUAUUAAACCUACAGAUGACAUCUACUGACAUUUAUUUAAAAAUGCAUAUCUGAUCUCUGGAUUAAACUAGUUUACUCAGAAGUAGCAAAGAAGUAAGUUAGAAUGUGCGAACUUGCAGUGCCAAAGUUGUACAACAUUUUGAACAUUUUGAAUUUGAUCUUCUGGGAAACAUGUCUUCUGUAGCUUCUGAUGGUCUUUAAUAUAAAAAAGGGGGCUUUUAAUAAAAAGGGCUCUUGAUAAAAAAUGAAACGUCAAGGAAUAUAACUUUUUCAAAUAAUCAAAUCAUUUUCAGUAAUGUCAGGCAUUGCUGAAAAUGACUAGAUUAUUUGAAAAAGUUAUUUGGUAAACUGAAGGGUUUAGCUAGCAGAUUAAUUAACUCAACAAAUACAUUAUACGUGACCCUGGACCACAAAACCAGUCUUAAGUAGCACGGGUAUAUUUGUAGCAAUAGCCAACAAUGCAUGGUAUGGGUCAAUAUUUUCGAUUUCAGUAUUUUCUUUUAUGUCAAAAAUCAUUAGGAUAUUAAGUAAAGAUCAUGUUCCAUGAAGGUAUUUUGUAAAUUUCAUACCGUAAAUAUAUCAAAACUUAUUUUUGAUUUGCAUGGUUUGAUUUGCAUUGCUAAGAACUUCAUUUUGACAGCUUUAAAGGCGAUUUUCUCAGUAUUUUGAUUUAUUUGCACCCUUAGUAUCCAGAUUUUCAAAUAGUUGUACUCGGACAAAUAUUGUCCUGUCAACAUCGGAUUGUGUUCACACUGCUUGUUUGUUUGUUUGUUUGUUUAAUUCCAAACAAAAAAAGUAUAAAAUCAACAUCUGUUUACUCCUGUUGCUAGGUAUCAGUGACAAAGGAGAAAGCUGCAAAACGCACAGCAUUGUUGGCCUCACAUUUAUUUAGAUAUGUUGUUGAACAUUUGAUUUUGUUUAUGAAGAAUCAACACAUAAUGGCACUUGUGUCUCUGCUGUGAAUGCACUGCAAAUGUUCUGAAGAAUGCGGGAGUCCGUUUCUGCUAAAGGCUUGUUGAAAUCAGAUAUUCUAGAGCUGGGCGACAUUGAUCAAAAUCCAUAUCUUGGUAUUUUUGGGCUGAAUGGCAGUAUACAGUAUACCUCUGUAUUUUCUACAAAGUGGACUAAAUGUUUAGUUGCAAGUCAAAGCCAUGUAAAAUGUCAUCAUUUUAAUUAAGACAGUAGAUGGUCAAAAUAUAAUGCAAAGAGCUUUUUCUCCCUUUAAAAAUAUGCAGCACAACAUAUGAACUUAUAAUGACAAAACUUCAAAUAUAUAUAUAUAUAUAUAUAUAUAAUACACACACACACACAAACAUACACACAUACAUAUUUAAACUAGAUCUGUCUUUGGCAAUGUGCAGCUGGUCAGUGAUGGAAAGACAAUUUCAUGUUCUAAUGCAAAGAGCUUUUUCUCCCUUUAAAAAUAUGCAGCACAACAUAUGAACUUAUAAUGACAAAACUUCAAAUAUAUAUAUAUAUAUACAUAUAAUGCACACACACAAACAUACACACAUACAUAUUUAAACUAGAUCUGUCUCUGGCAAUGUGCAGCUGGUCAGUGAUGGAAAGACAAUUUCAUGUUCUUUUCAUCAUUUAAGAGGUUCUUUGUCAUGCUCUACUACAGUAACUGCCUGUGAGUAGCUUGGAAGUUCAAUUUCAGUUGCCUGUCUCCAUGUCAGUGGAGUGCUGGUUGUGCUAGCUGAGCUCUGCUUGAAGAUGCUUGGCAUUGAUGACUACUUAUUGCUAUUUAGUCUGCAGGCAAAGGCCCAGCUGGGUCAGUUUGACAGCUGCCCUGAGCAGCUAUCAGAUAUUACGCUUCUAAGACAGCAUGGUUUUUCACUACAUUGGUCUUUUCACUUGAAAUGUAUUUGUUUCUGAACUGUGGAUCUACAAGUGAGGCCAUGUCUGACAGGUCACUAGUGACAGGGUCAACAUACUUGAUCAAUUUGAACAGCUUGCUGUCGCCCUGUUCAUGUGCCAGGAGACUUGUGUUGGUGUAGCACAGGUUUGACAUGUGAGAUGGUAACGGACUUCUCACCCAACAGAUCAUCUGUAAAGUCCUGAAGGGAUUUUAGAGGCGUCUGGAUUGCCUCCUGGACUCGAACUCGGGACGCCCAAAGCACAGCGGCACUAUAUGAUUAUUUAAAGAAGUUACCCUGUUGCAGUUGUGUGUGCUAAAGCCUGUUUAAUUAAGUAAAAAAAAAACUGAGAUACCUGAUGCAUUUUGAAAUUGUAUGCGUUUGUUCUGUGACAGCAUGCAAUUUUAAUUUAAUUUGUGCAGGUCUUAAAAAGUUUUGUAGAUUGUAUUGUAGAUCUUAUCCGUUAUCACAUUAGAAAAUAUUGAUACUGUCAAAACUCAAUAUCAUUUGUCAGGAUAGAGAGUGAGAAUGCACACUAGUGCACACAAAGCAUACACCUUCAACAGUGAUUCACUUCCAUAAUUUAGUACGAUCACAUGCAUAUUGGCAGCGAACCAUAACCCAGAACAUUUUUAAAGUUGACUCGGGGUAUUGUUUGCAGUUGUGCAAUCUGGAUUAUGCAAAAACAUCAUCCAAACUCUGAUCUGAUGUCAAACAAAUCCGGAUGCACACCAAAAGUGCUAGUGUGACGGUCCUGUAAACAAAUCAAAAAAUCCUUUCACAGGUUUACAUGUGUCUUGAUGGUACUCUGACAAGGUUUCAAAUCAUUGAGAUGGAGGUCAAGAUGCAAGUUCAGAGAGCCAGAAGCACGUGGAAAAUAAAUGUAAUAUUUGCUCCCAGAAUUUUCCCAGUGAGAGUCAACUUCAGAGACACCUACGAGACCAUGAGGUCAAUGAUAAGCCAUAUCGCUGUGACCAGUGUCCAAUGUCCUUUAAUGUGGAGUACAAUCUUGGCCUUCAUAAAUCCACUCACACCACCAGCGAACCCAAAUGCCCAGUAUGCAAUAAGAAGUUCUCAAGAGUGGCCAGUCUGAAGGCUCAUGUCAUGAUACAUGAGAAAGAAGAGAACUUCCUGUGCUCUGAGUGUGGAGAUGAAUUUAUUCUUCAGAGUCAGCUUUCUUUGCAUCUGGAGGAACAUAGGCAAGAACUCAGUGGAACAAAGUCGCACACUUGCAAGACCUGCAGCCAAGAGUUCACAACGCAAAACCAGCUGAAAGAACAUUUGAAAAGUCAUGCCAAGAUCAGGCCUGUUAUAACAAGUUCAAGGAACUAUAAGAACAUUGAUCGGAGAGGAUUCAAAAACGUUUGUCAUCACUGUGGGAAGACAUUUAAGAAACCCAGUCAGCUUGUGAGACAUAUACGCAUUCACACAGGUGAAAGGCCAUAUAAAUGCACUCACUGUGGAAAGGCCUUCAACCAAAAGGUGGUGCUGCAGACACACAUGGUGCGACAUACAGGGGAGAAACCUCACAUGUGCUUGCUUUGUCCUGCCUCUUUCUCCCAAAAAGGAAACCUUCAUUCGCAUGUUCAGCGAGUUCACUCUCAGGCAACUGGUGUUCCACUCUUCCCAUGUAUGGACUGUAGCUGUGUCUAUAAAAAGCUUGGCAGCCUCAACGCUCACAUCAGCAAAAUGCACAUAUCAGUAAUGGAAGUUGAGGAGCCAGCAGCACAGAAAGGUAAUGCAAGGGUUGAUCAGGGUGCAGUGGGGUCGGAAGGGGCAGAGGGUGUUACAGAUGUGAUCCAACAGCUGCUGGAGCUAUCUGACCAUGUGACAGCAGACAGUGCUCAGCCACCUCCCCCAGGGCAGACCAUAGGCACAGCCAUCAACCAGGACAUCCUGCAGCAAGCUCUGGAGAACAGCGGACUGACUGAGAUUCCAGUUCAGCCUGAAACUCAGAGUAGCUCAGAAAAGCUACAGCCAGACUCAGCUGCCCCAACUGACACCUCAACAAAUGAUGGACCAGUCCCCUCAAAAAUACUCAUGACUGACACUGUUGUAAAAAAGGAGAAAAGAAGCAUUAUCAAAAAGCCUCCACAGAUGCUAGGCACCAUCAGGCAGGAAAAUGGUGUGAGGUGGCACGGCUGUCCAUACUGCUCCAAAGAGUUCAAGAAGCCCAGCGAUCUGGUCCGUCAUAUCCGUAUUCACACUCAUGAAAAACCCUACAAAUGCAAGCAGUGCUUCCGUGCCUUUGCGGUCAAGAGCACCCUGACUGCCCACAUGAAGAUCCACACAGGCAUUAAAGCUUUUGAGUGUCAGUACUGCAUGAAACGUUUCUCAACAUCUGGGAGCAUGAAGGUCCAUCAGCGUCUCCACACUGGUUUACGGCCAUUCCCUUGUCCUCACUGCGAGAAGUUCUUCCGUACAUCAGGCCACAGGAAAACACAUGUCACCUCUCACUUUAAGAGUAUACACCACAAAAAACACAAAUACCCUCGAAAAUCUCACAAAACCAGAGUGUCCAGAAGCAAUCUGCCUUUGCCUGAUAUACCUCUCCAAGAGCCAAUACUUAUCACGGACAUGGGACUCCUGCAGAACCAGAGCUCACGGGCCGCCCUGCAGCAGUAUCUGGACAUUGUGGAGAAUGAGCGUCCAUAUAAGUGUGGAUUCUGCAGCAAAGCCUACAAGAAGUCAAGUCACCUUAAGCAGCACAUCAGGUCACAUACAGGGGAGCGCCCGUAUAAGUGCCUGCAGUGCAGUAAGGGCUUUGCUUCAUCUGGUGUAUUGAAAGCUCAUAUCCGCACACACUCUGGCCUCAGAGCCUUCAAGUGCCUGCUGUGUGACACCACCUUCACCACCAGCGGGAGCCUGCGACGCCAUAUGACUACCCACAGCGACAUACGGCCCUACAUGUGUCCCUACUGCCAGAAAACCUUCAAAUCCUCCCCCAACUGCAGAAAGCACAUGAAAACACACAGGUAUGAGCUGGCUCAACAGCUGCAACAGCAGCAAAACUCAAAUGACAUGCAGCCGCCCACAGCUGUAGUUGGCACAGGGACCCAGAGCAUGCUUGAGGUGGUGGGAGACAGCCAACAGGUGGCACUGCCGACUACACUGGGGGAAGAUGCCCUGCAGGAAACAGAAUCAUUUGUGAGUGCUCAGCAUGCUCACAUGGGCCAGUUUGAGGCACCAGCAUUGCCUCAGCCCACCUUUGAACAGCCAGCUAUGACACAAGGUUUUACUAUAGCUGAGGGAUUUACCCAGCAGGCACAUUUCUCUACAGUACAGCAGCUUCAGGACUCAAGCACAUUGGAGUCACAAGCCUUGACUGCCAGCUACCACCCUCCCAACCUACUGCAUGUAACACACUCUGAGACGAGUGGUUUAUUGCAGGAGGCGAGUCAAGGAGAGCUACAGCUGUCUAUCCAAACACAAGACUUCCAGGAUGAGGAUGAAAUCAACAAGAGAGUCUAUCAGUGCAAUAUGUGUGAUAAGAGCUUUAAGAAGUCCAGUCACCUAAAGCAGCAUGUGCGUUCUCACACUGGAGAGAAACCUUAUCGCUGUAACCUCUGUGGGAGGAGCUUUGUGUCUGCUGGAGUGCUCAAAUCACACCUGAACACACACACAGGAGUGAAGGCUUAUAAGUGUAACAUAUGUGACACCUGCUUUACCACUAACGGUAGUCUGAACCGACACAUGAUCAUCCACCUGAACACAAAGCCCUUCAAGUGCACAGUCUGCGAGGAAAGCUUCCGCACUGUCAUGCUGCGCAGGAAACACAUGAAACUCCUGCAUGCUGUAGGUCCCAAAGUUCUGGAAACUGAUGAAGCCGGUGAGGAGGACGAUGGAUCAGACCGCUCAGGGAUAAAAAGAAACCGCAACGGUAUCAUCACAUUAACUGAAGAGCAGACAGCAGAGCUGGCAAAGAGAGACCCAGGGGAUGAGGCAUCUCUAUCAGAGAAGGUUCUUGCCCAGACAGCUGCUGAACGAGAUCGAAUCAGUGAAGUUAAAGACAAAUGUGUUGAGCUUAACAUAGAGCCAAAGUUUGCAAACCGUUGCCAGUACUGCCCAAAGAGCUUCAAGAAGCCCAGUGACCUGGUUAGACAUAUUCGGAUACAUACAGGCGAGAAACCGUACAAGUGCGAUGAGUGUGGAAAGUGUUUCACAGUGAAAUCCACAUUGGACUGUCAUGUGAAGACACACUCAGGGCAGAAGCUGUUCAGCUGUCACAUGUGCAACACAUCCUUCUCCACAAAGGGCAGUCUCAAGGUCCACAUGCGUUUACACACUGGCUCCAAACCCUUCAAGUGCCCCCACUGUGACCUCCGCUUUCGGACAUCUGGUCACCGCAAGACCCACAUCCAGGGUCACAUCCGGCCCUCUGACCGGAAGGCCAAGCGGAGCUCCAGCACUGAGCAACAAAGCUCAGGAAGGCAAGAAGUCCAGAGCAUUCCCCAGGCUCAGCAUCCCUCCUCUGCCGUGGACACUCAGUCAUCUGUGGGAUUAUUACCGACUGCCACCACAGAUCCUAACAUUUACAUCCCAGGAAACUCAGUGCUCGCAGGCCAAUAUGACCCCAGCCUGCUGCAGCAAGGGCUGGUAGGGCAAGCUAUACUGCCUGCUACUGUGUCAGCGGGUGGAGAUCUGACUGUGUCUUUAACAGAGGGUCUCGCUACACUUGAAGGCAUUCACUUGCAGCUCACACCUACAAAUCUAGUGUGUCCAAAUGUGCAGAUCUCUGGGAUUGACCCUAGCAACAUCAACAACAUCACUUUACAGAUCGACCCCAGUAUUCUACAGCACGGCGGUUUGCUAUCUCACUCUCUGACGACUGACUCAGGUCUGACGCCACACACAACAGCUCACCUCAUGACUGCUGGAGAUGCUUCGGUUCCUGCUAAUGUAGUCAUUCACCCUCUGAGUGGCCUCUCGCUGCAACCUCCACCCGCCCCAGCCAGUGUUACCAUUAGCAACCUGACAAAUGAGCAGGAUAAUGCCAGUUCUCAGGAGCUGUCACAAGUGUCCAGUGCUGCAGGUCUUGUAAACGGUAGCAACAGUGCUCCAGAAAUCACACUGACUAUCAAUAACUCCAGUCUGACACAAGCUUUAGCACAGACCAGUGCUGCUGCAUCUACGCCUGCCACAAGUACAUCAGAGAUCACACUCACUAUUGCAGGUCAGGACCUGUUACCCCAGCACUGUCCAACUUCUACACCAAACAUGAACACUGGGAUCAGACUUGCUCCAGGUAGCAACAGUCUGACGUUAAGCAAUGAGCAGCUCCUUCCUCAUAGUCCUCCUCCCUCAGCCAUGACCGUCAAUGCACUGGCACCCAGCACUUCCCUAUCCCAGACAGGCAUGUCAGCUCAGAGCCUGGUGAUGUCAUCAGCGGGCAUGGCCAGCGAUGGCAGUAUGACUCUGACUCUAGCGGACACACAGAUACUAGAUACGGUCUCUCUCAACCUGAACACACAGAUAAUAGAUAACCAGGUGGAGGAGAAAGAAGCGGAGACACAGCAAAAGCACCAGUGUUACUACUGCAGUCAGGUGCUGCUGACAGCAAAUGCUCUCAGAAGACACUGCAGACAGGCUCAUGGAAAGGACCGCUGCCAUGUAUGCCGUGUCUGCAAUAAAGCCUUCAAACGAGCCACACACCUCAAGGAGCACGAGUAUGUCCAUAAGAAGGGACCCAAAGUGAACUCUCAGAAACCCAAAGUGUUCAAAUGCCCUAAUUGUGACAAAGCCUUUGCCAAACCCAGCCAGUUAGAAAGACACAAUCGCACACACACAGGUGAGCGGCCUUUCAAGUGUCCUCUGUGUGACAAAGCGUUUAAUCAGAAAAGUGCUCUGCAGGUGCACACGGUCAAACACACAGGCGAGAAGCCCUACAGAUGUGAAGUGUGCACUAUCAGCUUCACUCAAAAGAGCAACAUGAAGCUGCAUAUGAAGAGAUCUCAUGGUUAUCUGCCGUCCUCCAACAAACUGAUUGCAAAACCACAAGAAGUAGAAGUGGUGUUGGAACAUGAUUCUGAGUCAGAUUCCCAGCAGGCACCGUCACAGGAGGGCAAAGAGACUCAGUCAGGUCUGGAUCUGGAGGAGGUGGUGCAAGAGUCUUCAGAAGACUGGCAGUGCCCCAUCCCUACAGUCUUCCCAUGAACACCUGACAGCAGCACACAUUCAGCUCGAUCUGACUUCAGUAACAUUUGCUUAAUUUGAUAUUAGCAAUGCCAAUUACUAUCUUUUUAUUCUUGCCAGCGAGUGUGACUUACAUUGCACAAAUCACACAUUUAUUUAUGUGAAUGUACAUUAUUUUGUAUACUUCUUGUUGCAUUAGAAAACCGUUUAAAGACAGAACUUGCUAUUGAGUUUGAAAGUUUAAUUUUUUUUUAAAGGUUUUUUUUUUUUUUUUUUUUUUUUUUUUCAUUACUAUUUUUAAUUUGGAGCCAUAUUUGUCACUACUAAGUAAAGAUUGUAAUUGUGUAUUGGAAUGGACAUUCUGUAGUUUUCAGUUGUAUCCUUACCUGUGGUAAAACUACAACACCUAUUUAGCACAGACAGCACUGUCUGACAUUGUCAGUAUGUCAAAGACUGCAUAAUUACAUCUAAUAUACCAGAGUUGUAGAGCUGUUUAUUUGAUUUAGUCCUCUCUAUAUCAUAUAAAUCAGUUUUAUAGGAAUAAUCCAAUUUUGGCAAACAUGUUUGUAAUAUGCAAAAAUAUUUAAGAAUAAAUGUAGGGGGGAUUUUUCAAUGUUGAUCCAUUUUUUCAGCAUUUAUCCACUUAUUUUUGUUUUUUUUUUAUUUUUGGCUUUUUAUAUAUUUAUAUGAAUAUAUAGGUUUUAUAUAUAGGUUUAUUUAUGGAUUAAGUGGGGGAAAGUAUGGAGUAAUUUAUAACUAAAUUAUUUUUACACUGAAAACACUGAAAAUACAUGUUUUUUUUAAGCUUUUUAACGGUUGUAAUGCCAUCUUUGGUCCAAAAUCCUUUUUUUGUUUUUGGAGAUGCAAGCCUUUGCAUGCACUUGACCUUUUUUAAAUGACCCUGUUAUAGCUAAUUUGCUCUGUAUGAGAUGAUCUAUCAAAUACUCUGAAUAUUUUGUGGAUGUGUGAAACACCACAUGAUACAGAGGCAUAAAAACUUGUUAGUGCCACCUAGUUGCC